AAAAUGGUACUUUGUUUAGAGUUUGAGGGGACGAAAACACCACACACUACUAUUUGAACGAGGGGAACAUUUGGCGCAUCCUAUCCCUGUAUGCAUUACCCAGGGAGCUAAAAUACUUCUUCAUGUCUGAGUCAAUCGAAAAAAGAUCAACAGCUAAUUCCAAACUAUGGGGACCGGUUAUGACCUGUAUAGACAAAGUGAUAGAUAAUAUCAUCCUUCCUGAACUUGAGAUUGGCGAUUGGAUAUUUUGGAGAAAUAUGGGAGUGUACUCUUUUGCAUGCAGUACAAGAUUUUGUGGAUUCGGUACAAAAUCAUUCUAUAACGUAAUUUCCAACAAUGAUUUGUUGAUAUUUCAACAAUUACAACAAAAGAAAAAGUUGUCUCGCUUUAGUUUCGAAGAGUGGACUCCUAAUGAAGAAAGUGAAAAUGUUCUAAAAUCAUAAAAUUACCUAUU